CAAUCGGCGUGGCGGGCGGCCGGAGAGCGCGAAGGAUAGGGAAUAAAAACGAACGAACGAGGCGGUCCGGCGCCAUUUUGGGAGGGAGGGAGCGAGCGGGUGAGAGAGAGAGAGAGACGGAGAACAGGGACAGAGGUGAGCCCUGCGCCUCAGUCAGUCAGUCAGCGAGUGAGCGGCUAUGUCGGGACGAGGUAAAACCGGCGGGAAAGCCCGAGCCAAGGCCAAGACGCGCUCCUCGCGGGCCGGGCUGCAGUUCCCGGUGGGCCGCGUGCACCGGCUGCUGAGGAAAGGCAACUACGCGGAGCGGGUGGGCGCCGGGGCCCCCGUGUACCUGGCGGCGGUGCUCGAGUACCUGACGGCCGAGAUCCUGGAGCUGGCGGGCAACGCGGCCCGCGACAACAAGAAGUCGCGCAUCAUCCCCCGGCACCUGCAGUUGGCCGUCCGCAACGACGAGGAGCUGAACAAGCUGCUGGGCGGCGUGACCAUCGCCCAGGGCGGCGUCCUGCCCAACAUCCAGGCCGUGCUGCUGCCCAAGAAGACGUCGUCCGGGGCCUCGUCUGGAUCUGGGGGGGGAGGAGGCGGCGGAGGCAAGGCCGGCGGGAAGAAGAGCUCCCAGCAGUCACAGGAUUACUGAGGGGAGAGAGAGAGAGAGGGGGGGAAAGAGGAGAGAGUGAUGUAGAGAGAGAGAUAGAGAGAGAGAGCGACCACCACCAUCAUCACCAUCAUCAUCAUCAACCCCGGGCAGCACGAAGUGAAG